AUGGUUGAAUCUUUUGCGCCCUAUCUGGUCCGGAUCACUGCCUCCUCCGAGUCCCUCUUCCCCGCCGCCCUCGUCAACCGACCGCCCGAUUUCUGGUACCUUCACGCAAAUGAACACUUUCCACAGCGCUGGCAGCCGACCUCCCUCUCGUAUCUGAGCCCCUCGCGCUCUACUUCAGUGUACAACUUGGUCAUCGAGCGAUUGAGGCGACGACAAAGGUUCAGAACAGACACAAAAAGCUUUGAUCGAUUGCAAGAACGCCUGUGGCUCCUGAACAGCAGCAAAGAGCGGCUUGGUAGAGCAAGGCUCUCUUUGCGUCUCAGGAUCGUGGACAGCUUCAAGAAUAAUCCGACGAAAUUCAAGGAGCUGCCCAACUUCGCACACAAGCCUUCGACAUAUCCUCGAAUCCGCACCCUCAAACAGGAUCCUUCUAGCAUCGAUUCGAGCAGUGCCACACGCUCCGUGAGCGUAUCGCUGAACGCAGCCAACCACCCUGUCAUGCUCCUCGACAGUCCCACAAACUCCUCCUCCUCAUACCCUCAGCAACAUUGUGGUCGUGUCAAUCGUCAAUAG